AUGGCGAAGAAGGAGGCAAAACCAAAGGAGAAGAAAGAGAAGAAAGAUAAGAAGGACAAGAAAGAUAAGAAGGACAAGAAAGACAAGAAAAACGAUAAGGGUAAGAGCAGUAGAAGUGACAAGAAGGUCACCCGGGAAACCCAACGCCUGGAGGUAUCAAUAUGUGGGCAUCCCGAUGUCGUAGAUAUGUACAUGGUAAAGAGCAGCGAUUUGAAUGCCGUGAUAGAUAGCUACCAAAUAGACAUUGAUCCAGAUCCUGGCACCAAUGCAGAAGGCCAAGUGAUUGAUACAGAAGCUGAUCUCUUUCUGUGUGUCUACGAUGUACGCAAUCGGAAAACAGUUGAUUUCCUCAAAUCAAAGGUUUUACCAGAGGUCAAGAAUUUGAAUAAGAAAAUGGCGAUUGCUGGAUUGGGGCUGGAGUAUAGAAUGGGCGGACGCGAUGAACUCGCUGAUAUGGGAACUGCUUCCUCAUUGGCUAAACAGUACGGGUGUCGAGGUGCCGAGCUAAUCUACUGUGAAGGUGAACAGCUGGCAGCUGGAACAUUUUCGCUGUACGCAGCAUCGAAUCCAGAGAAAUACAAUAAAGACACUGAAGAAAAGACGGAGGAGGGGGGCGAUAAAAAGAAAAAGAAGGAUAAGAAAGACAAGAAGGAUAAGAAAGAUAAAAAGGAUAAGAAGGAAAAGAAGAAGAAAGAGAAGAAGUAG